CACACUGUGGGAUGGUGCGCGCUCCCGCGGUCAAGUGUAAGUGCACUGGCCUCACACACACACACACACACACACAGGCUGAGUGAAGAUGGCGAUGCGAGCAGCGCUGCGGUGCCUCCUCUCUGCUAACUUUUCUCCCAGACUGCCUCAGCUGUCGUCGGCGGUGCAGCUUCCAGCGAGCCGGCUGCUGCUGUGGAGGAGCGACUCUCCGCGGACACUGAGCUCCACCUCGGCCCUGCUGUCCACAGCCCUAAAGUUCACAGAUAAGCACGAGUGGGUGCGAGUGGAAGAUGGAAUUGGCACAGUUGGUAUCAGCAAUUAUGCUCAGGAAGCAUUAGGUGAUGUGGUAUACUGUGGACUCCCUGAAGUUGGCCAAAGACUUGAACAAUUGGAGGAGUUUGGUGCCUUGGAAAGCGUAAAGGCCGCCAGUGAACUCUACUCUCCACUGGAAGGAGAAGUGACUGAGAUCAAUACGGAGCUGGUAGAUAACCCUGGACUUGUGAAUAAAGCCUGCUAUGCAGAGGGGUGGCUAAUCAAGAUGACGAUUGAAAAGCCCGAAGAACUCGAAGGCCUCAUGGAUCAAGCUGCAUAUGAUAGAUUUAUUACGUCACUUGAAGAAUAAAUGAAUGAACUCACUGUGCUGUUUUUGUAAUGUAAUUGCAAUCAAAGAUUAGUAGGCAGGGUUACUAACAUCUUGUGUGACUUUCUUUCUUAUCUGUGGUAUUUAUUUUGAUACUGGAAUUGUGCUAUCAAAAUAAUAAUAGUAAAAAAAACUCUUAACAUCUUCCACUUAGGGUAGGAUUUGUUUAGCUACCAGCCAACAGAAAGGGCUCUUAAUCUCAAGAUCUGUCAGUAUACUUGUUUCUGGUGCUUUGCUCCAUGUGCACAGAUGUGGUAAAAGACUAGAAAGUGAUUGUAAGAGCCGUGUCACAUUCAUUUAAUAAAAUCUGGUCCUUA